AUGUCGCGGAGCAGUAAUGACAGCUCUUGGGGCAGGAGGAGGUCGUUGCUGGCCCUGCCGACCCUCAAUUCACUGGGCGGCGGCGAUGGGUCGAAGAAAGAGCAGAGGACGUUGAAGAAGACACCGCAUCGACGAGCGCCGAGUUUGUUCACCGAAUUGAAUCACCCGGACCUUGCGAAUGACACUGGCGACGAGUUGAGGUCCGCGCCGGCGAUUACAGAUUCACCACGGUUCCGGCGGCCUUCACUGAGUCUACGAUCCAGCGUGAGGCGGCCUCCCUCGACUCCUCACAACUAUUUGAAGACUUCGGGCUCGCGCGGGAGCACUGACGACACCUACGACUUGAAGUUCGGCGAACCGCUAUCUGCUACACCCUCCAGCGCCACUUCGUACGGCGAGUGGAGCAUGGAUGGAUCUUCUCCAGCACGGAAUGUGCUUCUGCAUGGCGACGUCCAGACUAGUGGAGGAGUGUUCAGGAAGAAGAAGGAAUACUUGGUUUUGACGGAGACGCACAUCAUACGGUUCAAAUCGCAGUCCAAGGCAGCAGAUGCUCUCGCAGGUGUGCCUCACCCGACAGGUAGACCUCAAGGAGCGAAGCACAACCAAAUGCCUUCUUCUGGAUCCUUGACCGAUCUUCGCGCAGAGUCGGAUUCAUCGGGCGACAAGGACGGUCGGAUAGCUUUGCGACAGGUGGUUGCAGUGUAUCAGGUGGACGACGGGAAGCCGUACUUUGCACUUGAUGUUUGUUUCCUGGACGAAGAGAGCGCGCAGUCGUCUGCACUUACGAUGCAGUUCAACGCCGCAGACGAGCGAGACCUUUGGGUGAGGAACAUCCGAACGGCAGGCAACAGCGCUCGACUACGGCAGCCGGUGCAACUCUCGUCAUUCAAUGUGGAACAUGCAGCACGCAUAAUCGAGCGCGAUCACGACUACGAUCCCGCCAACUGCGCCAUCUACAAGGUGGUCCAACGGCAGCCCUUGAAGUCCAGCCGCUCCUCGACAGACGACCUGACGAAGCUUGGUUCAACCGGAUCGACUGUGUGUUUCCUUGUGAUUGGCGUACACAAGGUGCACAUCGUACAGCUCAUCAAGCCUGCCGCGAAUCGAAGUGGCAGCCCAUCGUUACAACCGAUCAGCUCCCAGGCCUCGUUCGGCAUUCUCAACCUGUCAGCCAUCAGGAUCAACGACGUGGACGAUGGCUUUGAGCUCAGCUUUCGACAGCCGCUACAACCAGCGAAGCGACUGUCACUUGCAUCGCUGGCGUCUCAUGAGAUUGGCGCCCGGCUACACUACGUGGAGAACUAUCUGCGACCUGAGGCCGGGCAUCGUCUUUUCAGAUUCAGCAUACCGCCAGAAGUGGAGAACUUGAUUGCACCGCCAGUGCGGGCUGAAGAAGAGCACAGCUGUUUCGACCGGACACUAUCAGCGUAUAGCAUAGCUUACGGUCUGAAUCCAGCCAACGUUCGCUACACGAUCAACUACGAUUGCGAAGAUGCGCCGCGCUUUGAACUGCUGCCUCCUGCUGAUACGAAGAGAUCGGACUACCGACCGCUGGCGCUACUGGCUAUCAUGCGCGCGUUGCGGUAUAACGAGAGCUUUGGAAGCUUGUCUUUCGCUGGCAUCAACCUCGACAGCUUGAAUGGCCUUGAUGAUGAGCAUGGGAAGGAGUACGUAUGCACACGGACGAAGCGAGGGACACCCAUCCGAUUGACGGAAGACGAGCUUGGCCGUGCUUGCGUUCUGGUGCAGGAAGUUCGUGCGUUGGCUGCAACGAGCAAGAGAUUACGGCGUAUGGACUUCUCUGGAUGCGUCACGCCGAAGACGAUCGCACUCGCACAACUGCCCGAAGAAGAGAAUCCUAGGACGAAAGAUAUCGGGUGCGGCGUGGUGGAAGCUCUUGUGCCGUUGUGCAGACAGCAGACCACGAAUGUGGACUGGAUUUGUCUCAAUGGCAUCGAGCUGAGCGAUACUGACAUGGACUAUCUUGUCGGCGCGGCUGUCGACAAGUCUUGCCACUUCCGUGCAAUUGAGCUCAACAAGUGCGGUCUCAAUGACCGGAGUAUGGGCUUGAUAUUGGAUGCGCUGCGAGCACAGGAGAACACGCUGGAGGCCAUUGAGAUUGCUGGGAAUACUGCACGUAUUGACCCGGUGACGUUUGACAGUCAGUUGGGCAUGUUCGGCUUCAUCAGAAAACUCAACCUCUCGCACAUUUCCAGAACAUCGGGUAACGAGCCGCUGCUGACGGCGGAAACGCUGCUUGUGUGGCGGCUGCAGGAGUUGCGUCUCAGUGGUACGCUGUUGAACUCAGCAUCAAUUGACGCUGUCGCGACAUACCUGGCUCAUCCUCAUUCGAUGACGCUGCAUGAGCUCUACUUUGACAACGCAUAUCUGACUGGCGGUGACAUCGCGACGAUACUGCAUAGCUUGUCGCUGGACACUGGCUAUCCGCGAGACAUACACCUUGACAUCAGCCACAACAUCCUGUCAAAGGGUCUUGAAAAGGUCACCAAAGCUAUUGCCGAUGGCCUGGCACCCACACGACUCAGCAUGAGAGCCAUUGAGUACCGGGAGGAGUCUCAGUUCCGCAAGAUGUUGAAUGCUUUGAUAAACAACAAGAGCAUCCAGUAUCUCGACAUGUCGCAGACGGCAUUACCAGGUGAUGCGAGCGAGGAGACGUGCCGUGCCAUGGCACGAUUACUUGCGGAAAACGACACUCUGGUUGAGCUCGACCUGUCUGGCGAAGACUCCAGAUUAGCGUCGUCCAAGUUCGGCGCUGGCAUUAACGAUGCACUUGUCGGCUUGAAGCGGAACACGUCACUGCACACGUUCCGCAUCGAGCGGCAAAAGCUGGGAGUGCAGGGCGCCAACACUCUUGCCGACGUGCUGAAAGAUAACACCACACUCCGCGAACUGCACUGCGACAACAACGAGAUCCCACUCCAAGGCCUUACCGACCUCGUCAACUCCCUCAUCGAUAACACCACCCUCAUCUACCUCCCCAGCAUGCGCGACGGCCGCGAAGCAGCCUUCAAAUCCGCCGAAGCCACCAUGAAAGGCAUGACCGACCCCGAAUCCCCCCCUCCCGUCCCCCACCGCAAUACCGCCUCCUUCGGUAGCGCCUCCGGCAUGCGCCGCGGCCUCUCCACCGUCCGGCAAAAAGCCUCCCGCGCCGCCUCAGCCUACACACCCUCCUUUCCCGCCUUACCCUCCCGCACCCCAGAUUCCCCCAACAGCCGCCAGUCCUUCUCCCUAAGCCUCCCCACCGCGCGCUCCAAACAGUCCACCAACGCCCCCAUCGCCGCACCCGCGCACUUCACCGUCCAGGAUAUCCAAACCACGCAUCGGUUGUUGUCGGAACAAUGGGACCGCCAGCACUACCGCUUAUCCCAGUAUCUCGAGCGCAACUGGUGCUUGCUCAACAACAUGCCCGUGGACAUGGAAGUGGAAGAUGAGAAGUUCGAGCGUCCAGCCUCCAUCGCUUCAUUGGGCAAAGUCCUCGAAUUGGUGAAAUCUGACACCACGCCGAGGGCGGAGCCGGAUAUGUACUUCACCGGCGACGCAGACGCAGAUCUAGAUCCGAUGCCGCAGGUUCCUGCCGUGCAACCCCAGCAGGCGAGGAAGAGCUCGCUAAUGGGCGAGAAGACGCCGAGUGGGAUGAGCUUCAAGCAGUUCAUCCUCGAUGGCAGCGCGCCGGGGACGCCGGAGUCUUUGACGGAGAUGGAGGCUGCGGGCAGGCAGUUGCGGGUUGACACUGCGAAUUUGAUCGAUUAUGAGGAGCCGAGGACGCCUACGCAGGCGGGUUUUGGGAAUUGA